AUUAACACAAGAAAAUAGGAGGCAUUAUAUACGGAAUGCCCUUUGUAUUUUGAGUUUCCUUGAUAUGAUAAGAGGCAUGUGCUAAUGACUGAGUGUAACAAAAAUCUGUAUAACAUUUGCAGCAUAAGUUACAAUUAUUUUACAGUACUACUCUUACUUCGUAUGAAACAUUGCAUAACAUAUCACCAUAAAACAAUGAUCCAUGGCCGCCAACUUCACGAUCAACAAAUAUACAGAAUUCUUUAUCAGCGUCUGUAAGGCUUGUGAUGAAUCAUGUAAAGAGAAUGAAGCAAACUUUUGAAUUAAGGGAGAGGUAAACAUGAAAUAUCUGAAAGUUACAUAAUCUUUGAUCACCAAGUUAUCAAACACCAAACAAUGGAAAUGUAAGAAGUGCCUCAACAAAUUCAGGACAAUUGACACACAAAGUUAAUGCAUCAAUGGAAGACAUCAGAAAGCCAUGUGCUAUCUUAAUUUUUAAACAUGCCUAAUUUUAAAUGUAAAAAACCUUUGCAGUUAUUAUAAUUUGUAUUACAAUUUUUUUCUAUGUUGUAAUUCAAGAACAGAUGCAUUAAACAUGAAUACAUCUUACAGCUCGUGACAUCCAGAAAUGGGAGUAUGUUCCACUUGGUCCAUUCCUUGGUAAGAAUGUUGGAACAUCCAUUUCUCCCUGGGUGGUAACAAUGGAGGCAUUGACACCAUUCAUUGUUGAUAACUACAAGCAGGAUGUAACUCCAUUCCCAUAUCUACAGCAUGAUGACACAUAUAACUUUGACAUCAACCUACAGGUGGACAUUAAACCUGAGAACUCAGUUGAGAGCACAGUGUGUCGCUCCAACUUCAAGUACCUAUACUGGACACCAAAACAGCAACUAGCCCAUCACACCGUCACUGGAUGUAACAUUAACCCAGGGGACAUGAUGGCUUCUGGCACCAUCAGUGGUGAGACUAUUGAGUCAUAUGGCUCAAUGCUUGAGCUCUGCUGGAAAGGCACCAAACCCAUUCGACUCAAGGAUGGAAAAACUCGCAAGUUCCUGGAGGACAACGAUGAAGUUAUCAUUACAGGUUACUGCCAAGGUGAUGACUUUCGUAUAGGGUUUGGCUCCUGCACAGGGAAGAUACUGCCAGCAUUACAGCUAUACUGAAGAGUGACCACUUUGCAUUAUAACAGGCUAUGAAGAUUGCUUGAUCCUACCUUUUUGAUGAGUGCGUAAGGCCCUUCGCACAAGGCCGACUUUCUACUGAAUGACAGAGUUUCGUCUGACACAGAUUCCACGUCGUAUCAAUUCAGUAUGAAGAGUAAUUUUCGUUGUUUGGAAAUACAGUAUUUAUACAAUCUGAUUAGGAGGACUUUGUAUGAAGGAAGAUUCCAUUGCUGCUGUACUUGUUUUGUACAUAUGAUCUGUUUGGGUAUUUUCCACACUCAUCUCGGGCCUUUACCAAUGCAAUCCAGUUCAUGGUUAAGAAUGGAAAGUUUUGAGGGUUUAUACGUCAAUUGUUUCCCUCAAUUUCUUAAUACAAAACAAGAUAAAUCUGGAAACAUCUACAAAUAGCCUUGGUGAAAGUCUGAGUUACAGCAUCUCGUUUGUACAGUUUCAUCCAAUUAUUUCUGGUACAUUCUUACAAGUUCUAACUUAUUUACUAAUUAUUUCAUAUGACAAUUACUUUCAUUAUUAAAAUUUUUAUUCAUGACACCUCCAUAUGUAGCACUACUAUACCUCCAUAUACAACAAUUGUAAUAAUGGUUGUGGUUAAUUAGCUGACCUCCUUACCUUGUUCCAGGCUGGUGUUGCGUUCUGUGUUUGCUUCUGUAGGAUGGAUGUUAUGGGUGAUUAGGUUUAUAUGGUUUUGUGAUAAUACACAUAAUGUGGAUGUGUCUUUUGUUAUUGUGUAAUACAGUGAUUAUAAACUGGUGUGCCAUGGGAGUUUGGGGGAAGGUUGAAAGGAAGCAAGAAAAAAUUUUCGAAAUCCAUGAUCAGCAUGAUUUAUUAAAAAGCAAAUGAUUAGAAUGUUAGUUAUUUAACUUUUAAACACAAACUUGUUACUUGUUUUUAAUGAUAAAAUCUCUCCUUAACAGGGGCGGCCCGCGUAUAGGCACUGUGGAACUGCAGCACCCCCAAUUUCCACUUGAUAUUAUCAAUAACAUUUAUAUAAUGAGCCCUUUUUUCUUUAAUUC